GUUUUUUUGAGGCUUUGUUGAAGAACAAUCCAGUGAUGAAGGAUUGACACAAAGAGUUUUGUGUGUGUGUGUGUGUGGGCUUUGUUGGGAAGAAAAGGAUUUCUCCCUCAGGCUUCUUCUCCUUCCCAUCUCUAUUAAUGUGACUGCUGUAAAACUGUACAAAUGGCAUAAUACUGUAAGUAAAACUCAUCUCUUCCUUAGAAAGGAAGAGAAGAGAGAACCAUAUCCUUGUUUUUCUCUACAAACAUCCUUGUGGGUUCUAAGUUCAAGUUUGGAGUCUCCAAAUCUGGGGUUGUUCUUGCAGUUCUUGAGGAGGAAAUGAGGAAGCAUGGUUGGCAGCUGCCUUACCAUCCUCUUCAGGUGGUGGCUGUUGCUGUUUUUCUGGCACUUGGUUUUGCUUUCUAUGUGUUCUUUGUGCCAUUUGUGGGGAGGAAGCUUGUGGAGUAUGUGGUCAUGGGGGUUUAUACUCCUCUGGUUACAUGUGUCUUCUGUUUGUAUAUUUGGUGUGCUGCGACAGAUCCCGGAGACCCAGGGGUGUUCAAAUCUAAGAAAUAUCUUAAUAUAGACGAUGACCGAAAACAAACUCACUUAAAGGAAUCAGAAGGAUGUGCAAUCAGGAAAGAGCAUUCUACGGAAGUGGGAGACGAUCCAGUCACCAAGGGCAUCGAUGCAGAUGUGUCUGAACAAGUACCCGAGAAAGUCGAGACGAAAAAUCCGUCUUGCUGUAAAUUCACUUUAUUAGCUGUUCUAUUUGGCUGGUGUCAUCUUCCUUUCCUUUGUCGACGACAUGAUUCACAUGACCAGUCUUCUGAACAACAAAUGAGUGAAGAGGGCAUGUUUUACUGCAGUUUAUGUGAAGUUGAGGUUUUGAAGUAUAGCAAGCACUGUAGAGUUUGCGACAAAUGUGUUGAUGGCUUUGAUCAUCACUGCAGGUGGCUCAACAACUGUAUAGGAAGACGGAAUUAUCGCCGGUUCUUCAUCCUUAUGGUUACCGCUCUUCUCUUGCUCAUUCUACAGUGGUCGAUAGGGAUCCUUGUGUUGAUUCUCUGUUUUCUUGAACGAAAGCAGUUCUCGAUGGAGAUCAUGUCAAAGUUAGGCAGCAGCUUCUCGUUGGUUCCGUUUGUCGUUGUGGUGGCUUCCUGCACCUUGCUAGCGAUGAUUGCCACGUUACCUCUGGCGCAACUCUUCUUCUUCCAUGUUCUUCUAAUUAAAAAGGGAAUAAGCACGUAUGAUUACAUUGUCGCCUUAAGGGAGCAGGAACAGCCCGAGGGUGGGGGUCAGCAAAGUCCACAAAUGUCUCAAGUGAGCUCAUUCACUGGAUUGAGCAGCGCCAGUUCCUUUAAUGCGUUUCACCGUGGCGCAUGGUGUACUCCGCCUCGGUUAUUCCUCGAGGAUCAGUUUGAUGUUAUUCCACCCGAGAUCGGCAUGCCUGCUAAUUUUGCUGCCAAGAAAAUGAUGGCCGAAGAAUCAACAAAGAAAAGAAAUGCCGGCACAGUAAAAAUUAGUCCGUGGACUUUGGCGCGCCUUGAUCCAGAAGAAGUAUCGAAAGCAGCUGCACAGGCGAAGAGAAAUUCAAAGAUAUUGCAGCCAGUUGUUAGGAGAGAGACGCCACUAGGACAAGACACAGACAGCUUUGGUAGUGGCAGUAGCAGGCAGUUUCCAAGGCCUGAUGAUCGGAGACGGGUGAACAAGAGAGGCAGGCCGCUGAUGAACCUUCCAACUGAGCCACUUGCGAAAAUAUCGGCCAGUGCUACCGACAGUAAUGGCAGUGACAUUGGUCCGGGUGCAUCCUCAAGUUUAGCCCCUCUGCAGCUUGAAGCUCGGAGUGCAUUUCGAACAAGCCGGGCCAUGUCUUCAACUGGAAUUGUGGCUUCAUCGCCUGAUAGUAGCUUAGACUCACCCGACCUCCAUCCAUUUCGAGCUUCUUCCUCUGGAGCCGAAGAAGCCUUUGUGCUCACAUCUCGUCCGUCUGUCAGUACCCCUGCACAGAAGGGGAUUCAGCUCUCAAGAUCUACCAGUGAUGGGUAUGACGCAUCCGGGGGUGAAGACAGCGAUCGAGUCCCAUCAAAAAUUGUGUACAAGCCAUCGAAUUGGAGUAACAUGCUCUUCAACUCUGGCCGCAGUAGCCAGGCUGAUGUUGCAAAGCCGUCUUCCUCCGGGGGAAUGCAAACUAACAUUAGGCCACUUUGAUAAGUGGUGCCGAGGCAGUGCAUGUUGGUAUCUUAUUUGAUUAAUUCUGAAAGCUGGCUAUGAAAUGCUGAUUCUGUUGCGGCACACUUGUUUUGAAAGGCAAGUCUUCUACCGGGGACUUGCUAAUCAGCGUCAGUUUCACCAGUUGAGAUGGUUUUCUGACUGCAGCUACUAAAAUCGUCGCAAGAGCAUGCAUGGGAUCAAGCAUGGAAAGCCGGAUUUAAGGGUCUUGCAGAGAAUGUCAAGAAAAUAGCAAUUCUUUGGAUUGCUCUUUACCUAUAUGUCUCACUCACAGUUAUUUGUGAUCCUUUCACCUUUUCGUCUUUUUUUUUUUUCUCUUCUUUCGUUCCCUUCUUGUAUUGGUAAACUCCCAGGUGUAACUGCUCAUUGUUUCUCUUCUGUCAAAAUUGGGAACCAUUCUGCUUUGCUUUGACUAA